UUGAGCGAUUUUGAGCUUUCUCCAUAUUUUUCAUGACAUUUUGGUCGCUACUUCUUAUGCUGGACGUUGAUCGCCGGUUCGAACAUUUGUAGCCCCUGUCUCUCUCUCUCCGUCUCUAUCCGUACCCGUCUAGACGUCAAAUGCGAGGGCACCCAUGGUUUUCAUUACAAAAAAAUAACUCGCCUGUUAGAUGAUGCGAUACGUGGACUCGGCUCGAUGCGAAACGUGAAAUAAACAGCUGAUCGAUCCUUUGGGCGUCCAGUCGAUACGAAUAACCCUGUAUUGGUGAUUCGUCAUUCUGCAAAAAAAAAUUGGCAGAGGACUUCCGUCGAGCAGUUGGCCGUCACUUUUUUACCAAUGGAAACAGCGGACUACAAGCUCCUGCUCACCUGCCCGUCUGGACUCUUGCCGUCUCAGUUGUCCGUGGUGUUUGAUCGAUCGUACGAUAGAAUCCCGCAUCCGAACGCUGAAUUGGAGGACUCCAUAGGUCAGAUAUGGGAGGACAGAGUUCAGGGCAAUUCAUCACUAUUCAAUGGGAAGAAGUACCGGUACGGAGGAUAUAGUCUUCGGGAUGGUGGUGAAGCUAAAGGAGUUUCUCAUCCAUGCCUCCACCUUGGCUCGACAGAUUAUCGGACAUUUGUUGGAACAAACUUAAAUCCUUUGUGGGAAAAUUUCCUUGCACUAUCUGAAGUGGUUUUCACUGUAGAUGAUGUCAUAAAGUGCCAACAUACAGCAAGUCCACUGGGUAAUGGCGCAAUUGUAGUAACUGCUGACAAUGAAAUUGUUGUGUUGAGAAGAAGUGAUAAUGUUGGAGAAUUUCCUGGACACUUCGUUUUUCCUGGAGGUCAUCCAGAGCCUGAUGAAGUUGUUCUAGCAACUAGUCAAAAUGGUCAGGACUUCGUCAGCAUUGAGGAACUACACAAGAAGAUCUCCGAAGAGAUUUUUGACAGUAUUGCUCGUGAAGUAGUUGAAGAAAUUGGAGUACCUGCAACAUCUCUGUCAACUCCAGUUUUUAUUGGUCUAUCUCGCAGGAUCUUGAAUGUUAGACCAGCUGCAUUUUUCUACAUGAAAUGCAAUCUGCCAUCCAAGGAAGUCCAUCAACUAUACUCUAGUGCAUUAGAUGGCUAUGAGUCAAUCCAACUUCAUACGGUCUCACCGGUGGUUUUAGAACACAUGAAAAGUAAAAUGCCUGGCUGUCACCAAGGUGGCUUUGCGCUUUAUAAGCUGAUGAUUCAAGCUUCAACAAAUGCAUAGCUGAUUACCCCCACAGCAUAAAGGAACUGUCACCCUUAUUUCUGAUAUUCGAAUCGCUGCGCCAUUUGUCUGAGUACAAUCCCCCUUCAACUUGGUAUGGAAAUUGCAGUUUAGCUUCGGAACCAGGGAUCAUCUUGUAUUCUCAUUUAUGUACGAGACUUGAAAAUGCUAAUACAGAACUGUUUUUGUAACUUAUUACUGCAAAUGGAGGGCUUUGAAGCCGCAUUUUUAUUUAAAACUCCAGCGCAAUGUGAACUCUAUUCGAAUUGCAUCUAUCUCAUUCUCAACUAUACUUACAACAGCCAUAAUGAUACUGCCUAGUCUGAUUCUGUCC